AUGUCUUCCAACGACCAACAGCAACAACAAUCCUCCCUCAUCGGCGGCCAUGCCCAAUACGUCAAAGGCGCAGCAGAAAGCGUAGUAGGAAGCGUAACCGGCGCCACCUCUUGGCAACAAUCCGCCGAAACAGACAAAGCGGCCGGCAUCGACAGCAUGAAGCAAGCGAGUGCGAACCGAGAUCCGCAGAAGGAUGGAUAUGGGAGCGUGGAGCAGAUGGCGGGGAAGGUGGCCGGGUGCGAAGGGAUGGAGAGGGAGGGGGAGGAGAGUAAGAAGUAG